CAGCUUUGAUUCUAGCUAUCUGCCAUCCACCAUUGGAGCCAUGUCACCUCACAUCAUUUACGAUUCCGAAUCUGAUGAGCUACCAAAAGCCGCCGCCGCCACCGCCACUGCCACCUCCGUUGCCGCUUCCCCCAUCACCAACACGGUCAUUGCCGCUGCUAAAAGGAGGGGUAACAGGCCCAAGAGGUCUCUUCAUGAUCACCUAGGUGGAGGAAAAAUUGCUGAUGUGCUGCUGUGGAGGAACAAUUAUUUAUCGGCCGGGAUCUUAACCGGUGCGACAAUCGUAUGGUUUAUGUUUGAGGUGGCUGAGUACCAUUUCCUUACACUUAUGUGCUACACCACCAUCUCAGCGAUGCUUGUAAUAUUCAUUUGGUCUAAUUUUGCUGUUCUAACUGAUCGAAGUCCUCCAAAAAUUCCUGAGAUCAUUCUAUCUGAACAUGCCUUCAAAGAGCUAACAUUGUCCUUGCAUUCCAAGAUAAGUGGAUUCGCAUCUACCCUUCAAGAUAUUGCGCGCGGAAAAGAUCUCAAGAUGUUUCUCUUGGCAAUUGCCUUACUUUGGCUGGUUUCUGAAAUAGGAAGCUUUUGCAGUUCUCUGAACCUCCUAUAUCUUAGUCUUCUUUGUGCCCAUACACUGCCGGCAUUGUAUGAUCGAUACGAGGAUGAAGUUAAAAGUCUAGCAAUGAAAGGGAGCCGCGAUUUGCGAGUGUUUUACGAGACGAUAGACUCCAAGUUUCUUAACAAGAUUCCAAGAGGACCAGUGAAGGAGAAGUUCAAAUAAAUUGUAAUGUUUGAGUGCUAGACAUUUGUUAUUGAUUUAAUCUUUGUUAAACUCUGCUAUGACUGAUUCUCUUUACUACUUGGCAGCUGAAAAUAAAUAUAUGGUGAAAAUAAAUCAUAAGAAGUGUGUUCCUUUGGCAACGAGUAACGUUUUCCGCAGAAUUUCAAUAACAAUAAAAGAACAUUUACAUUUU